CGAAGCACCUCCCGCCUACUUUACUGGGACAUACGGUCUUUGGGAACAUUCCAGCGAGCCUCCAUCCACCCUCCUACAAACAUUGGUCCUUCGAGCCGGAUCUUCGCCUUCCCCAUAAGGAGGAGUCCAACCUUCAAGCAUCGGUGGAUUACAUAGCUACGUUCCAAAGAUAAGUACUAUUUCGUCUUCCCAAAUCGAUUCCGAGUGCGAGUUGUUUAUUCCCCGCCAAGUCCGAGUUCCGCGACUUAUGUAUAUAUAUCCUUAUAUACAUAUCUGUUAUGUAUAUAUAUCCUUAUAUACAUAUCUGUUCAUCCAGUGCUAUCCAGUUUCUGUGUCGCUUUCCUUUUCGCCAGCGCAAUAUUAUCGGCAAUUCCGGCGUUUCUCGUUACUUCGACUCCAACUACCAGUGCUACGCCUUCCACAUCCAGACAUGGCUUCUCGAUCCCGUUUCGAUCGCACCGUGGAGAGCAGACGUUCCCGAGGUACUGAGUCCUACCAAUGCCGAGUCUGCUCGGAAAUCCAUCCGCUACGGAAAUGCCACCGCUUUCUCCGCCUGGAUUCCGAAAGGAGGCUCCAAGCUGUCCUCCACUUCAGCUACUGCACCAAUUGCCUGGCUCACCAGCACUCCGGCCAGGAUUGCCGAAGCGGCGAUCGGUGUAAGGUGUGUAACCGGAAACACCACACGUUGCUGCACAUGGACUAUGUGCAACAAGCACACUCGACGUCGACCCGGCCCACCUUCAGCGCCGUCUACAGCUCCUUCAUCCCAUUUCGGACACCGCUUUCGUCAGCCCGGAUCCGCAGCCUUUAUUGCAAUCCUGCAAGGGGGGGGGAGGAUGUUCAGGGCAGCAGCGCUGUUAACAUAGCAGAGUUAACAGUCUGUUGACGGUGUUGCUAACAGCGGACUGUUGGCUCGCUCUCUCUCUCUCUCGUGCCUUUCGCUCUCGCGCUGCUCAGUCACG